CCCACUCGAACACGCUGAAACCCUAAUUUUUCCUCAUCCCCCGAGUGGCUUGACCUUGUGUGCUGGCCUCUGGAUCGAGUUCCCAGCCGCUCCUCGUCCCGUCUGCCUCCCGGAUUCCAGAUCGAGCUCGCUCGGUUCCGCUCCGCCGUCCGCACCUCGCACAAUGGCCUCUAGCUCGAGAUCUACUCCUGGCCUGGGUGCGGACGAGCACGACCCCUCCACGGUUUGACCGCCUCACUCCACCGAUCUGCUGUUCUGCCUCACUCAGCCGCCUUCUUCCCCGCCGCAGUAGGCGCCCAAAUCGGAGGCGACGGAACACACUCGUGAGUCGUGAGGCGCACGUAGCUCGACGCCGCCGCUGGAACCUCCGUGGUUGACUGCACUCAGACAGCGCACGAUGCCGGACAGGAAAGGCGACACCCAGCUCGAGGACCUGCCCGAGGAGAUCAUGGAGAUGAUACUCAUCCGGCUGCCGUCCAAGGACGUCAGCCGCUGCCGUGCUGUCAGCACGUCAUGGCGCAGUGCCACCUCCACGCCUAAAUUCAUGCUCGAACACCACCGCCGCCAGCCGUCGUUCCCCAUCAUCAGCGGGGAGUGUGGGCCUGCCAGUUUAGUCGUCUUUCGUGAUGCCGGUGCUGGUGAUGCCGGUGCUGGUGCCUCCAGUCAACAGCUCUGGCCCUUCCUCCCGGGUGCCAAACACCGUUCUGGGAAUUGGCUCCAAGUCGCCUCUGAUGGCUUCAUCAUCAUCGCCAGUAAUACCCGGUGCCAAUCACGAUUCUACAUCUGCAACCCGACCAUCCAACAGCAUGCUCUCCUACCACAGCCUCAGUUGGGGGAAGAUAUCUGCAACAGCAUAAUCGGCCUCUACCAGCAUCAUCCAACCAGAGAAUAUAGGGUGCUCUGGGUCUCACAGGACUUGUCUGAAGACUCGCAAAACUUGUCUGAAGACUCGCAAAACUUGUCUGAAGCCUUGCUGUACGUCCUCACAGUGGGAUCCUACGAACCGAGGCACGUCAGAGUCAGAAUACCAACAGACUCGUGUACUUCCGUGGAACAAAAGUUACUGAGUGGGCUGUCCUAUCGGUGUUAUUCUCCACCUCCACCACCAGCCCACCAUCAUGGCUGCCUGCACUGGUUUACUUAUGAUGACAGCGACAUUACCGGAGGUGCCGGAGACAUUAUUGUGUUCGACACAGAAGCUGAGUCUUUCCGGUGGAUGAACAGUCCUGUUAGUCCUGCGCGGAAUCUCUCCCAGUCGCUCUAUGAUAGAAGGUUGUUCAACAUGAAGGGGACGCUUGCUUUCUGGGGCGGCUCGCCCAGUUCCAGCGCUAUAGAUGUUUGGGUGAUGCAGGAUUAUGAGGCCGAAAUCUGGGCGUUCAAGUACCGGAUUGAUGUGUCAACGGUGGAAGCAUCACGACAACUUUAUUUAACUUCUUUCAAAAGGAAAAGGAAAACACCACUUGAUUUAACAGUGGAACAGUUCAAUGAGAUGGCUGUGCUCAAUGAGCGUGAGCUGCUGAUCAGGUUCAAUAAUAGAAUACAUGUGUUGCGCUGCGACAUUGAUGGCAAGUUCUUAGGUAUCGCGAACAUCGGGAAGAGUCAAUAUCAAAUGUUGCUUACUCACCAGCACCUCCAGGAGAGCAUUAUUCCAAUUCCGUCCCAUGAGAUGCAAGAAGAAGAUGACGAGCCUUCACUCUUCACAGGGCGUGUCUGAAUGUUCAAGACUCCUGGUUUGCUUUGCCAUUUGAUUCAGAUCAGGUCUUUUGUUCUUAGCCCCACUUGUUAAGUAUACUGCCAGCACUUAACAUAUCGUUUUGGAUGGUUGCAGUAGCACCUGCAAUGUCAUCAUUUGGUGCUUAUUAUAAUGUCUUGAAUGACUUAUUAAUGCCCUGAACUAUAUGGUAUUAGAACCUUUUAUCA